AUGUCUGAAUUGAUCUUACACAAUAUUGGGCCCUUCAUUCGAGACAGCCUCUUGAUUUAUUCUACGCCAUUUGUUGCCGCUAUUGUUGCUAUAGGGCUCCUUUGGCUCCUUAUUCAGAGGCCCAACCUCGUCGACAAGGAAGGGAAUCCGACCCCUCCAGGCCCACCUAUACGCUUCCCAUUCCUUCGUAGAUAUCCCGAAAGGCCCUUGUUUCGAUGGGCCAAGCAAUACGGCCCCAUAUAUUCCGUUUGGAUGGGGACCCAGAUUUUUGUUGUCAUCAACGACGCCCAGAUGGCUCGCGACUUACUCGUAACCAACGGUGCGAACUUCUCAAGCAGGUGGUCAUACUUCGUCAAGAACCAAACCAUAUUGAACGGUGGGGGAAUCACCGCUACUAGGUACAACGACACAUGGCGAAAGCACCGUAGGAUCGGGAUGUGGCUACUCAACUCGAAGGCCGUACGCAGCUAUGCGGAGAUGAUCGACUACGAAACUCACAUUCUUGCGCGGGCGCUCUACGAAUCUUCGAAGGGAGGGCAAGUUGCCAUCGACCCGGCCCCCCACGCUGGUCGUUUCGCGUUGAAUACCAUGCUCAGCCUUACGUUUGGCAGUAGAACGGUCACUGCAUCCGACCCUCUAGUCCUUGAAGCCCUUCGUAUAAACAUCGAGUUUAUGCGCUUGACAGGCCCUUGGACAAAUAUGAUCGACUUCGUCAAAAUAUUGCAGUGGCUACCAACUACUACUCGCUAUAGAGCACGCAAGCUUCACUUCGACGUCAUCGCUAUAUACGGCGCGAUGAUGCUCCGUACCAAGGCUCGCAUGGACGCAGGAGAUGAUGUUCCAGACUGUCUGGCCAAAACACUCAUAGAAUGCCAAGAGACCGAACAGCUCAGCUGGGAGGAUAUGUGCUUCAUAGUCGGUGCGUUCACUAUCGGGGGUGUACAUUCGACGUCCGGUGUUAUAGAAUGGUUUAUUGCGCUUAUGCCGUCGAACCCCUCCGUACAAGCGAAGGCACACAAGGAAUUGGAUUCAAUCGUCGGAACCCUUGGUUGGCCAAAAGCGGACGACGAAACGAAGCUCCCUUACAUUCGGGCAAUUGUCAAAGAAGUCUUGCGCAUGCAUUCCCCUUUCUGGAUGGGGACGCCACACUGUUCUGACGAAGACUUCGUGUACAAAGGGUAUUACAUUCCCAAAAACUCGGUCAUGAUACUCAAUGUAUACGCUCUUCAUCACAACGAAGAGCGAUACCCAGACUGUUGGACCUUCAACCCAGACCGAUACUUGGGGGACACUCUUAGUGCCACUGAAUCUGCGAAGCAGCCAAAUGCUCUCGAAAGGGACCACUGGGCGUUCGGCGCUGGUCGGCGCAUCUGCCCUGGGAUGGAAAUGGCCGAUAACGAGCUAUUUCUAGCAUUGGCACGGUUGCUGUGGUCCUUUACCUUCCAUGAAGUGCCUGGAGAAACCAUUUGCCUGGAUGAAUAUGAAGGUUUAUCCGGUCGAACACCGUUCCCUUUCAAGGUAGUCCUAAAGCCAAGGCACGAGAACGUUCGCGAUAUAGUGAUAGAGAAGAAGGAGGUGGUUAAGCAUGUGGUGUAG